AAUUAAUUUUUAUAUUAUAUUAAAAUUUAAAUUAUGCCAAAGCGACGUUUUUUGUGUGUAUGUUUUGCUGAUUCGACAUUCCGGCGAGUCACGUAAGCGAGAAAAUUAAUAAAUAAAUAAAUAUCAUGUAAGAUUUCCGGCGAGGCUUACCAAAGCGAGAAAAUUAAUAAUAAAAAAUACCAUGUAGGAUUUCUGGCGAGACUUACUGGAUAUGACACUCAAGUGUCUCAUUUUUCAUAAAAAGUGGCACUUUUGUAAGUUUUAGCACUAAGUGUCCUUUUAUACCAACUUUUGACACUUGAAGCUUUUUUUUGCCCAAAUAUAUGUAUUUACCUUUUGCUUUCGAGAUCAUUCGUAAACUUCAAUCUCAUCCUUCGAACGAUCUCUUAGUAAGGUUAAUGGUCAUAAUUUGAUGUACUCCCCAAAGACUUUGCUCAUGUCGUGAUGCUCGACAUGUAAUAGGUUCCACCGCAUUAAUCAGAUGGAAAUGUCCCACCCAUGUGUUUCACGCUUCUAGCUGGGUACAAAGUGAUGCUGUCCACAAAUUCAUGCCUUUGGGCUAGAAUGGAUACUAACACAAAUCAUCGCAGGAGAAUAUAAAUAGGCAUGCAUGCCAGUGCACUAAACAUAGAUUGUUACCAGCAAAUCACACCAUUCCACAAUGGAUUCUUGCAGUUUCGCGGACAUCCCUCAUGAAAUGCAUGUCGUUCUGGCUAUAGUUUUUUCCCUUCUAGCGCUCCGCAUCAUUCACAAACUUGUCAAAUCCGACAAUAAAAAUGCCACCGGAAGCAGAACCCCGGAACUGCCCGGGGCAUGGCCUCUGGUAGGCCACCUCCACCUCCUCUCGGGCGCAAGGCCUGCCUUUCAGAAGCUCGGGGCGAUGGCCGAUGCACUCGGGCCAGUGUUCUCACUCCGGCUCGGCAUCCACCGCGUGGUCGUCCUGAGCAGCUGGGAGGCCGCCAAGGAGUGCCUCGCCACGAGUGACCACGCGCUCGCCUCCAGGCCAGACAUCGCAGCCAGCCGGUACAUGGGCUACAACAGGGCCUUGCUUGGGCUCGCCCCCUAUGGCCCCUACCUCCGCCUCGUCCGCAAGACUGCCAACCUGGUGCUCUUCUCGAGCCAGCGCCUCAAGGCGCUGCGCCCGGUCUGGAACUCCGAGGUCGACUCCCUUACCAAGGAGCUGUGGCAUCGACCCCCCGGCAGCGGAGUGGCAAUCAGCGAGAAGUUGGAGCACAUGACGUUCAACAUGAACCUGAGGAUGAUAUCCGGGAACAGGUACGAGGAUGAGGAAUUCGAGGAGGUCGGGUCGGAUGCGUGGAGGUUCAAGACAGCGAUGAACAAGGCCUUGGGUCUUUUCGGGGCGUUCGUGCUCUCGGAUGCGAUUCCGUGGCUGGGGUGGCUAGAUUUCCAGGGGCAAGUGAGGUCCAUGAAGGAGACGGGCCGGGAGCUCGACUACGUGCUCGAGAAGUGGCUGAGACAACACCUUGAGAAGAGAUCAAACAAAGGGUUUCGAGUUGAUGAUGGCGACGCCGAUGUCAUGGACCAUCUCUUGGAGAGCCUGCCCGAGGACGAUGUGGUGUUUGGCCACGAGCGUAAGAACAUAAUCAAAGCCACAGCUUGGAUCCUGAUACUAACUGGGACAGAGAGCACAUCCAUCACAAUUACAUGGGCACUUUCCCUCCUCCUCAACCACCCGGCCGCUCUCAAAUCUGCCCAACAGGAGCUCGAUGCCAUCGUCGGGCAAGACAAAUGGGUCCAAGAGUCGGAUAUUAGCAAUCUCAAAUACCUCCAAGCCAUCGUUAAAGAGACUCUUCGCUUAUACCCAGCAGCUCCUUUGACGGGGAUCAGAGAAGCCAUGGAGGACUGUCACAUCAGCGGCUACCAUGUUCCUAAGGGCACUCGAGUGCUUGUCAACAUCUGGAAGUUACAAAGAGACCCUCGGGUCUGGGCGAAGCCCGAUGAGUUUCGGCCGGAGCGGUUCUUGAAGGAGCAGGAGGAAGUAGACUUGAGAGAUCAGAACUUCGUGUUUAUUCCGUUCAGUUCGGGCAGGAGGUCUUGCCCAGGAUCCACGCUGGGGUUGCAGGUGGUCCAAUUCACGCUAGCACGGAUCCUUCAGGGAUUCCAGGUGACGCCGGAAGAGGGGGCGACGGUGGACAUGGAGGAAGGGUCGGGCAUUGCCCUGCCCAAGGUGAAACCGCUUCGAGUUGCACUGGAGCCGCGCCUUCCGCUUCAUCUCUACGAGAACCUCUAAGUGGAGGGAAGGGAAUAAUAUGAUCGGAGCUAUUUUACUAUGAAGACCUUCCUUGCCGUAUUUAUUAUCGUUUGGUAGUUCGAUGUAAUAGAAGAAAAUGGUUCUAUUUCCUUUUUCUUCUCUUUUUUUACCUUCGAAGUGUGUAAUGAAUAAUGGACUAAAUAAAAAGGACUCUGUUAAACACUUCAUAAGAAGUAUUAAUGCUUUUGUAAUUUGGGUUUUUUAUUAUGACAUGUUAGAAAGAGGCUUUUAUUUAA